GGUCGGUGGGCGGUGAUAUAGCUGAGUUCAACCCUCAAUAAAUGGAUCCCGCACACACUCUCAGUCGGUGUAGCAGAUCCCGAUCCUGUGCUUGUGCCUGCUUGACUACAUGAUAGAGAUGGAAGUUGGAGACAAUGUGCAGAAGAAGCCUCUCUGCCUCAUCGCAGCUGUGUGCAACAACAGAGGCAUCGGGAAGGACGGGAAAAUGCCCUGGGAUUUACCGUCUGAAUUCCAGUACUUCCUGAACCACAUCACAAGGGUGUCGAGACCAGGAAAGAUGAACAUGAUGGUGUGGGGCAAACGGUGCUGGUUCUGCCACCCACAAUCUACUCUCCCACUAGCCAAUGCUCUGCAUGCGGUGCUGAGUACAACACUGGACACGCCUCCAGAUCAUGCCCACUUUGUGUGUAAAGACUUAGAGAGUGCGGUCCAACUAGCUGCACAGCCCCCUCUCGCCGGCCUGAUUGAGACCAUCUGGAUUAUUGGUGGGGCGCAGGUCUACGAGGCUGCACUGAAGCACCCGUGGUGUGAGCUGGUUUACCUGACAGAGGUCAUGGCAGACUUUGACUGUGACGUUUUCUUCCCUGAGUUUGACAAAGAACUCUUUAAAGAUCAAGAAGAAGGAUUUCCAAAUGUACCGAGUGGAAUUCAAGAGGAGAACGGCGUCAAGUACAAAUUCCAUGUAUACAAAAGAGACACCAGUGAUGCGGUGUAGACAGCUAUAGAGAAAAUCAAUAGAUUGUCAGAGAACACUGAAAAUCUGUCAUUCCUUUAAAACCCUAUCAAGAUUUAUUGCAGAGUCAACUCCUGGAUAGACUGUAGAGACAUGCUGCCAAAACCCAAACCCACAGUGUGCCAUUAUAGUUUUUAAAAUUUAAACAAAGCCAAAGUCUAUCUAACACUCUUUGUAAUACACUUAUUGAACAUUCCAGUGUUAACAUGACUUUUAUACUGUUUGUUAUCCAUGAAAAACUGAAACACAGACACUUCAACAGCGGCCUAGUUUGUCCACCCAAGUCUUUAUGUGUAUCUACCCUUCCUCCAUCGCUGCUGCCUGGACAGAUAUUAUGAUUCGUUCUAGUAUUAAAAAAAAUCCCCAGCCACCCUCUGCUGUCACCUUGUCACUUGUCAGCGUUCCCAUCUCGUCCUCCUCCUCAGUAAUAUUGCAGCUGCACAGAGAAUAUGCUUGUCAGUGAGUCAGUCAGCAGCCUACGUCAAUGACAGCCCGUGUUCUGGGUAGCACAGCAGAUCCGGGUCUCUCUAAGCCAACAUGACAGAUGCCAGUUCAGAAAGUGACGAGUGACUUGUCCCGCUGGUCCGCUUCGAUUCUAUAAUGACUGUCUGGUUAUUUGGAAAGAUAUGGAGAAAUUCACAGCUUGUGAUUUGUUGUGCUGGAAAGACAUUUUUAUCGAGGAAGAUUUUCACUGUGCAGUCUUCUGUGAAUCUAGAAGGGUUUUCAUGAAAUGAAUCAAUGUGAAAUCAUUAAUGGAGAAACAACUGGCAUUUUGUGGCUUUGUAUUUCAUUUAGAAUAAGAAUGAGCCUCAUUCAUCUGGUUGUAUGCGAUCCUUUUUGCCACUAGAUGGAGGCACAGCAUUGAGACAGCAGUCAGAAAGCCCACCUUUAUGCUGCUUGUAACUGAUUAACAAUAUAUCCCAGAUUCUACCAAGAGUUUUGAUUACACACAAUGCUUCAACAAUCCCUGAAAGCUUACAGUUUAGUGGGUACUGUAGUGACAUAAUAGUAAUGUUAUGAUAAUAAUGGUCACAGCAACUUAACUACAAAAUAAAUCAAAGUUUCAAUCAAAGUUUUUUACAAUAGUAACAGUAAACAAGGACAGAGAUAUGUAAGAAGAAACACGGACAUUAAGGUCAGGGAUUUUGAAUUCUCAAUAAUAAAUUGUACUUUUAAACA